CGGCUCUCACAGUCCUCCGCGCUGGAGGUGGUGCUACACGCAGAAACCAGCCGUCAGCGCUUCUCGGGCUGGUAGGAGGGGCCAUAGGCGUCAGGCUCUCAGACAUAUAGAGAGCUGUGGGGGGGAAAAGAAGACACUUAGGAACAUUUCUGACUUGAGCGGUAGGUCUGUCAAGUGGAUUUCAGUUUGAGAAUGGCAGCUGCAGAAGCGCACAGGGUUAUCGUUUAUGGGGGAAAGGGCGCACUCGGGUCCAAAUGCGUCCAGUACUUUAAGUCGAAAAGCUGGUGGGUGGCUUCCGUCGAUAUUACGGCUAAUGAAGAGGCAAAUGCUAACGUGCUGGUGAAAAUUACCGACUCUUUUACUGAGCAGGCGGAGCAGGUUACAGCCGAUGUUUCUCAGCUCCUGGGGGAAAGGAAGGUGGAUGCGAUUCUGUGUGUUGCAGGAGGGUGGGCAGGUGGCAGCGCAAAAGCCAAAUCCUUGUACAAAAACUGUGACCUAAUGUGGAAGCAGAGUGUCUGGACUUCAUCCAUUUCCAGUCACUUGGCUACCAAGCACCUGAAGGAAGGAGGGCUGCUGACGCUGGCGGGUGCCAAAGCUGCCUUAGCUGGAACUCCAGGAAUGAUUGGAUACGGAAUGGCGAAAGCAGCAGUUCACCAGCUCUGUCAGAGUCUUGCAGGAGACGCCAGCGGAUUACCUUCUGGCUCUGCCGCCAUUGCGAUUUUGCCGGUUACCUUGGAUACACCAAUGAACAGAAAAUCGAUGCCUGACGCAGACUUUGGUUCCUGGACACCGCUGGACCAUGUAGCGGAAACCUUCUAUAACUGGUCCACGGGGGUCAGCAGACCUUCCUCAGGGAGUUUGAUUCAGCUUGUCACCACUGGAGGAAAAACUGAAGCCACUCCUGCUCAUCUUUGAGAUGAUGAUCCUGAGGGAUGAACGGCCAGGUGCUCCACAGUAACACGGCAGUUGAGUUAGACAUCUGUAGGUGGCAGCACCUGAGCAGAAUCUGUCAGAAUAUUGACCUGACUUGUGUAGAUGCUCGACAAUAUACAUUACCAGAACACGAGCGCGCGCUGCUGUUGUGUCUUACAUGUGCAGUACCUUCUGUGGGGCGGCCUUAUUCUGUGUUGACAGCAAUAGGUGGAGUAUAUGUUGUGAUGUAAUGUAUUUUAGCUAGAGCCAAAGUCUACUUUCCCCUUUUAUUAUAAAACUGUAUUUUUGUAAGUUGACCUGUGCCUUCAUCUUGGAAGCGAUGGCAGUAUUUGUAAAAGCAUACUGUUUUACAUUAAAUGCUCAAACUGUAUCUGUUGCAGCUGGGAAUAAAAACACACACCCCCGCACA